AUGGAAGAUGAAAUUAGCAAAAUUGUAAUGUUGGAAAAAGAGACUAAUGAGAUGACUGAAAAUUAUAGUGAAUGUGAUGGCAUGUCCGAAACAUUUGAAACUGAACAAGAGUUAGAAAUAGAUGAUGAACGUGAAGUGACAAAUUCUGAUGAAGAGGAAGAUGUGGGCGAUACAGAAGGAGAUGAUAAUAUUGCUACAAAUGGAAUUAUGUGGUCAAAAUGCACCCCAAAGAUGACACGACGUACUAUGAAAGCCAGAAAUUUUGAAAAGGUUGAAAAGAUGUGGAGCAAGGUGGGCUUGGCAAAUGGCCUGUUUUCUAAAUAA